AUGUCCGACCUGGCGGCCCUGUGUCGUUCUGAAUGCAACGUCUUUGCGUCGCCAAAUGGAGCGGUUUCAGAGAUCCCUGUUCAUCGAGACGAUGACGAGUACACACUCGUGGGCGAUCCCUCUGACGAGGAAUCUAUCGAGCAUCUCCUUCUCGGACUUGCCAAAACUGUGCUUGAUAGUCCAGAUAGCACAUCAAGCUCGAUCUCCUCGGCCUCCUCCAGUUCUUCGGACGAUUCUUUUGUCACUGCCCCAGAAUACCCGGAAUGCUUGGACAGUGAUAGUGAUGAAACUCAUCCAGCAGCACUCGCCGGCGAGUGUCCACCUCCCGAGUUGUGGCUUCCGAAUCCCGAAGAUUCAAACUUGCCGCCAUUGUACACUCUCUCUGGGGAGUGCCUGGACUUUAUCCUGUUUAUGAUCGUCAAACUUGCUUUUCCUCGGCGAUCUUCUACCAAAGACGGGCACAAAUGGCUGGAAAUCGGUAGAAGAAUUGCGUUUAAUACGCUGGCCGAGAUGCAUUAUGGACCUUCGUUGCUGCUUGUCCCAUCAUUCACGGCUCUAUACUACAUCCUAGUCGUGUUCGAGCUGCACGAUUUGGAUGACGCCCCGCUCAUGCAGGAUGCCAAUAUUGCGGGGGAAGUCAUCGUUCGAAUUUUCUCUGUCUUUUACGUGAUUGCAUCUAAAUGGGAAGAAGAUAUCGAAGAGACAGGGCCCAUGCAUAUCACUAUAUCCACUUUUGCAUUCACGCGUAGCUCGGAAUUCAACAUCGGCUGGUGGUUCCAACACCUCCACCGCAUGGAACGACGCGUCCUGCCCAUCCUGGACUACAACAUUGCCGUCAUGCCACACCACUGGCCUCCUUUCGUCUCAUUCCUCGAGUUCGUCUUCGAGCAACCCGAACUUCGAAAGAUGACGGAGCAUUGUAACCCAGCUUUACCCAUCCUCAAGGGCGCCUAUGGAUGUGUUGGUCUACCGAUUAAGACCCUGAAUAGGAGCGACAUGGAGACGGAGGCGGAGUUGGAACUUAUGAAGGAGGAGCAGGAUUUGUUGUAUGAGGAGAUUGUUACCGGGAGGAUGAUGAUGGAGGAACAUGUUCCCGCGUUUCUUGAAACGCUGUGUGAUGGGCUGUUGUGUCCACCAAGUGUAUCGCUCGAGGUGUGGUGUGGUGACCAGACGCGGGAAGACAGGGAUGUGCAUGAAAAGGGAAAGGUGUUGGAGAGGAGGGAGGAUGACGAUGAAGGGGAUGAGUGGAGUUCGAGUGACGAUGAAGAUCUGGGAAUGGACGAUGAAGACAAGGAAAAUAUUCCACCUGUGGGCCCCCAAGACUCUGUAUAG